UGCCUGCUCGUGUACCCCGAGGUGAAGCGCCUCAUGUUCCGCAUUGCCAUGAGAAUCCUGCUGGGCUUCCAGCCCCGCCAGGCCAGCCCCGACGGCGAGCAGCAGCUGGUCGAGGCCUUCGAGGAGAUGAUCCGCAACCUCUUCUCCCUGCCCAUCGACGUGCCCUUCAGUGGGCUCUACCGGGGCUUGCGUGCACGCAACAUCAUCCAUGCCAAGAUCGAGGAGAACAUUCGUGCCAAGAUGGCCCGCAAGGAGCCUGAGGGGGGCUACAAGGACGCGCUGCAGCUGCUGAUGGAACACACACAGGGUAACGGCGAGCAGCUCAACAUGCAGGAGCUGAAAGAGUCUGCCACAGAGCUGCUGUUUGGGGGCCAUGAAACCACUGCUAGUGCUGCCACGUCACUGAUCGCCUUCCUCGGGCUCCACCAUGAAGUUCUGCAGAAAGUGAGGAAAGAGCUGCAGGUCAAGGGGUUGCUGUGCAGUUCCAACCAAGAGAAGCAGCUGGACAUGGAGGUCUUGGAGCAGCUGAAGUACACGGGCUGUGUCAUCAAAGAGACCCUCAGGCUGAGCCCGCCUGUUCCCGGAGGAUUUCGGAUUGCACUCAAGACCCUUGAGCUAAAUGGUUACCAAAUCCCUAAAGGUUGGAAUGUUAUUUACAGUAUCUGUGAUACACAUGAUGUGGCAGACCUCUUUACCAACAAGGAAGAAUUUAACCCAGAUCGCUUCAUGUCUCCAUCUCCAGAGGAUUCCUCUAGGUUCAGUUUCAUUCCUUUUGGUGGGGGCUUGAGGAGCUGCGUGGGCAAAGAGUUUGCAAAAGUCCUUCUAAAAAUAUUUACAGUGGAGUUGGCUCGAAGCUGUGACUGGCAGCUGCUGAAUGGACCUCCUACAAUGAAAACAGGCCCCAUAGUGUACCCUGUGGACAAUCUGCCUACCAAAUUCAUCGGUUUCAGUGGCCAAAUCUGAGAGCUCAAACCUGCAAAUGGAUUCCUAUAUAGCAUUUAAUAUGUACAUAGUAACUUUUUAUAGUAACAAAGGCCUUUAAAUAUUUAAAACUUGUAAAUGUACAAUAGUUAUUUAUGUCUUCUAAGUAUUUCAAGAGGCUAUGAUAUUUUUUUCCCCAAGCACUACAAUUAUGGGUCUCUGAUUCAUAAUUAGAUAAUGUUAUUUCUAUAGAAAUAAAUUUUCCCCUAUUUAAAAUUAUCACUGAGAGCUGGCCAGCUAAGCAUUUGAAGACAUUUCAGGAUGGUGUAUGUAUAAGAAAUAUCUGAAAAGCAUUCAAAACAAUGGUAACUAGCUACUCAUCCAAAUUACCUGAAAUGGUUAUUGUUUGAGAAUGUUUUCAGUAUUAUUUGUGUCUAGAUUGUAUGUUUAAUGUGUGAAUUUUAAGUUUGACAAUAAACUUUAUUUUUGAUGA